AUCAACACCCAGACAAAUCACCACAGCCCAACCACGACGUUCCUCCUUGGUUUCAUUUCCCUCCCUGGCCAUGGCCUCCGCCAAGCUCAGCUUCAAGAGGAUGGACAGCGUCGCCGAGAGCAUGCCCGACGCGCUGCGCCAGAGCCGCUACCAGAUGAAAAGGUGCUUCCAGCGCUACGUGUCCCGGGGCCGGAGGCUCCUCAAGAACCAGCAGCUCAUGGAGGAGCUCGACCGGUCGCUCGACGACGAGCUCGAGAAGGAGAAGCUCGUCGAGGGCUUCCUCGGCUACAUCAUCUGCUCCACCCAGGAAGCGGUGGUGCUGCCGCCGUUCGUCGCGUUCGCCGUCAGGAUGAACCCCGGCAUCUGGGAGUACGUCAAGGUUCACGCCGACGACCUGUCGGUCGAAGGGAUCACGCCCUCCGAGUACCUCAAGUUCAAAGACACGUUAUACGACGAGAAAUGGGCCAAGGACGACAACUCGCUGGAGGUUGAUUUCGGCGCUCUUGACCUCUCAACGCCUCGCCUCACGCUCCCCUCCUCCAUAGGGAACGGGAUGCAGUUCGUCUCCAAGUUCAUGUCUUCGAAGCUGAAUGGCAAGCCUGAGAGCAUGAAGCCGUUGCUCGACUAUUUACUCGCUCUGAAUUACCGCGGAGAGAAGCUGAUGGUUAACGACACAAUCGACACGGUCAACAAGCUUCAGACGGCGCUGCUCCUUGCAGAAGUUUUUGUUAGCGGGCUGCCCAAAUUCACACCAUACUUGAAGUUUGAACAAAGGUUUCAGGAGUGGGGAUUGGAGAAAGGAUGGGGUGAGAACGCCGAAAGGUGCAAGGAGACGCUGAAUUUCCUAUCUGAAGUGCUCCAGGCACCGGAUCCUAUCAACAUGGAGAAGUUCUUCAGCAGGGUUCCAUCCAUAUUUAACAUUGUUGUCUUCUCUAUCCAUGGCUACUUUGGGCAAGAGAAGGUUCUAGGCUUGCCAGACACCGGCGGCCAGGUUGUCUACAUCCUGGAUCAAGUCAGGUCCAUGGAAGAGGAGCUGCUGCAAAGAAUCAAGCUGCAGGGUUUGCAUAUAACACCAAAGAUUCUUGUGCUAACAAGACUGAUACCAGAUUCCAAAGGCACAAAGUGUAAUGUGGAACUCGAACCGGUUGAAAAUACAAAAUAUUCGCACAUACUACGCGUGCCGUUCAAGACUGAAGAUGGGAAGGAUUUGCGCCAGUGGGUUUCCCGGUUCGACAUUUACCCUUACCUAGAGAGAUAUGCUCAGGAUGCCUCUACUAAAAUUCUUGACAUGCUGGAAGGCAAACCGGACUUGAUCAUUGGCAACUACACUGAUGGCAAUUUGGUGGCGUCCCUCAUGUCAAGCAAACUAGGAGUCACACAGGGAACAAUUGCGCAUGCUCUCGAGAAGACGAAGUAUGAGGACUCAGAUGUCAAGUGGAGAGAGCUGGACCAGAAGUACCACUUCUCGUGUCAAUUCACUGCUGAUAUGUUUGCCAUGAACACUACUGACUUUAUCAUCACUAGCACAUACCAAGAAAUUGCUGGAAGCAAAGAGAAGCCUGGCCAAUAUGAGCAUCACUAUGCAUUCACAAUGCCCGGGCUCUGUCGCUUCGCCACGGGCAUCAAUGUCUUUGACCCGAAGUUCAACAUUGCUGCACCUGGCGCCGAUCAGUCCGUCUACUUCCCCUUCACACAGAAGCAGAAGCGGCUGACGAAUUUACACCCACAGAUUGAGGAGUUACUGUACAGCAAGGAGGACACAGAUGAACACAUAGGGUAUCUGGCAGAUAGAAGUAAGCCAAUCAUCUUCUCGAUGGCGAGGCUGGACAAGGUGAAGAACAUCACUGGACUAGUGGAGUGGUAUGGGCAGAACAAGAAGGUCAGGGACCUUGUGAACCUCGUCGUCGUUGCAGGCCUCCUGAAUGCUGCGCAGUCCAAGGACCGAGAAGAGAUAGACGAGAUCAACAAGAUGCACAAUUUGAUUGACAAGUACCAACUGAAAGGGCAGAUCCGCUGGAUCAAGGCUCAGACCGACCGUGUCCGCAAUGGCGAGCUGUACCGUUACAUCGCAGAUUCAAAGGGUGCAUUUGUUCAGCCUGCUCUCUAUGAAGCAUUUGGGCUAACAGUCAUCGAGGCGAUGAACUGCGGGCUGCCAACAUUCGCAACGAACCAAGGAGGGCCGGCAGAGAUCAUCGUCGAUGGGGUCUCAGGUUUCCACAUAAACCCAAUGAACGGCAGGGAGGCAGGCACCAAGAUUGCAGACUUCUUCCAGAAGUGCAAGGAAGACCCAAGCUACUGGAACAAGAUGUCGACUGCCGGACUUCAGCGCAUCUAUGAAUGCUACACAUGGAAGAUUUACGCAACUAAAGUGCUCAACAUGGGAUCAAUGUAUGGCUUCUGGAGGACUCUGAACAAGGAAGAGAGGGUGGCGAAACAACGCUACAUGCAGAUGUUCUACAACCUUCAGUACAGGAAUCUGGUGAAGACCGUCCCCAGAGUAGGGGAGCAGCCUCCAAGACCCGCGGCCUCGACGGGCGCGGUGGCGGAGCGUAACCAGAUCGUCGCGAGGCCGAGAGAAAGAAAGCCGCAGGGUCGAGUCCAAAGGAUGAUGACCAGCCUGCUCGGGCCGAAGCCGCCAACCUACGAACAGAACGGCUACAGAUGAACUUUGAUUGUGCUCUGGGGCAAGAUGUUCGCAGCUCAAUUCAUUCUAUUGAUGGCAUAGUGUGUGAAGUGAUUGGUGUGGGAUUUGUAUACGUGUGUGGAUCUUUGUUGUGUCGGUUGUUGUUUGGAAACAUGUAACAAAGAUCAAAAGUGCCCAUGGCAACAACUGAUAAUAUACGACGAUUGGAGAA